AUGGCUUCAGACGCAGAGACCUUCACACAAUACCCGAUACACAUUGAUUCACAGUCCAAAGCGCUUUCAGACCCCACUUCCAAUUCCGCCGAGCUCAAUGCCCUACUCGAAGCCAUAAACCAAACACACCGUACUCUCCUCAGCCUUGAUCCCCCAAAUAUCCCUCCCCCACCUCGACCCGUAAAUCCCAAGCGAAGCGCACAAAUAGCGAAACUCCGCGACACAGCCAACACUGCUUAUCGAAAGUCUUCCUUUGCGGAGGCCAUCAAGAUGUACACCCUUGCGAUUGAGAUGGCACUUGGGCGACCAGCGUGGGAACCUGUGGGCUUAGUGCGUGAGGAGCUAUCUGCGCUUUAUGCAAACAGAGCACAGGCCUACAUGCAGCAGCAACUCUGGGCUGAAGCAUGGGUUGAUGCACAGCUUAGCGUGGAGUGUAACGAGCAGGGAAAUGGAAAAGCCUGGUGGCGAGGCGGAAAGUGUCUUGUUGAGAUGGGACGAUGGGAGGAAGCCCAAAAGUGGAUUACCAAGGCCCUAGACAUCGAGGGUGGAGGUGACUAUACGAAGGAGCUAAAUGCGUUGAUGGUAGAUAUUCACACAGGGCUUGAGAAGAAGUUUUAG